CCAAAUUCUACCUUGUCCCUACGUACCAUGACAACUUAUGAAUUCUCAAAAACAAUAAUUUUCCAAUAAUAAGCUUUGUGUUUGUUGAAAAAUUCUCAAAAACAAUAAUUUUCCAAUGAGAAUAGUGAGACCUUAUCUUACUAAUUGAGUCAAGAUGGAUUCAACCACAAACAUUUCAGAUACUUUAUGCUCAUUGAGGACCUUUGUUCUGCAACCAUUUCGUGCGCUGUUGGAUUGUUUAUUAUUAUCCAAUUUGAGGCAAGGAGACGUAGAUUUCAAUUCUUCCAAGGACUAUAACAACUAUCAAAACUAUAAAUAUGACGUGUUCAUCAGUUUUAGAGGUGCUGACACCCGCAACAAUUUCGUUGAUCAUCUUUAUGAUCAUCUAGCAAGAAAAGGUAUCUUCACCUUCAAGGAUGACCAAAGGCUUGAGAAAGGAGAAUCCCUUUCGCCACAACUUCAACAAGCAAUUCAAAACUCACGGAUUUCUAUUGUUGUCUUCUCGGCAAGAUAUGCCAAGUCAACAUGGUGUUUGGAGGAGAUGGCUGCUAUUGCUGAAUGCCGGGAAGAAUUCAAACAAACAGUUUUCCCUGUUUUUUAUGAUGUCGAUCCAUCUCAUGUACGAAAACAGACCGGGGUAUACCAGAAUGACUUUGUUUUACACAAGAAGGAAUUCAAACAUGACCCAAAUAAGGUUAUUAGAUGGGCGAGAGCUAUGGCCGAUUUAGCUGAAUUAGUUGGUUGGGAUGUUAGGAACAAGCCAGAGUUUCGAGAAAUCCAAAUUAUUGUUCAGGAGGUGAUAAAAACACUGGGUCAUAAAUUCUCAGGCUUUGCGGAUGACCUUAUAGGGAUAAAUCCUCGAGUAGAAGCAGUAAAAAGUCUUUUGCAACUAAACUCAGAGGAUGAUGAAUUUCGAGUUGUAGGUAUUUUAGGGAUGGCUGGAAUUGGAAAGACAACUAUAGCGUCUGUCUUGUAUGAUAGAAUAUCCUCUCAGUUUGAUGCAAGCUGUUUUAUUGAGAAUGUAAGCAAAAUCUAUAGAGAUGGUGAUGCUAUUGCUGUACAAAAACAAAUUCUUCGGCAAACUGUAGAUGAAAUAAAUCUAGAGUCAUACAGCCCUUCUGAAAUAUCUGGAAUUGUGCGUAAAAGAAUGUGCAACAGAAAGUUUCUUGUAGUUCUUGACAAUGUUGAUAUAUUAGAGCAAGUGGAAGAAUUGGCUAUAAAUCCUAGAUUGCUUGGUACAGGAAGUAGAAUGAUCAUUACAACUAGGAAUGCGCAUAUUCUAAGAGUGUACGAAGAACAGUUAUCUUUAUCUCAUGAUAGAUGCGUGUCAUAUGAGGUUCCACUAUUGAAUAACAAUGAGGCUUGCAAACUUUUUUAUAGAAAAGCUUCCAAAGGCAAGGAUCUCACUAGCGAAUGUGUGAAUCUUACUAAUGAGGUACUAAAAUAUGCUCAAGGUCUUCCAUUAGCAGUUCGAGUUGUGGGUUCUUUCUUGUGUACUCGAAAUGUUAACCAGUGGGGAGAUGCCAUGUAUAGAUUGAGAAAUAAUCCAGAUAACAAAGUUAUGGAUGUACUUAAGGUAAGUCUUGAGGGAUUACAUUCAAAUGACAAAGAAAUAUUUCUGCAUAUUGCAUGUUUCUUUAAAGGGGAGAAGGAAGAUUAUGUCAAGAGAAUUCUAGAUGCAUGUGGGUUGCAUCCUCAUUUUGGAAUUCAAAAUUUGAUUGAGAGGUCACUCAUAACUAUUAGAAAUCAGAAAAUUCAUAUGCAUGAAAUGGUGCAAGAAUUGGGGAAGAAAAUUGUUCGGCAACAGUUUCUUGAUGAACCGGGAUCUUGGAGUAGAUUGUGGCUUUAUGAUGAUUUCUACCAUGUCAUGAUGACUGAAACGGGAACAAACAAGGUUAAAGCCAUCAUUCUAGAUCAAAAAGAGCAUAUCUCUGAAUAUCCUCUGUUGAGGGCUGAAGGAUUGUCAAUAAUGAGGGGACUUAAAAUUCUUAUAUUAUACAACGAGAAAUUCUCAGGAAGUCUCAGUUUUCUCUCUAACAGAUUGCAGUAUCUUAUGUGGUAUGGUUACCCUUUUGCUUCUUUGCCAUUAAAUUUUGAGCCGUUUUGUCUCGUUGAAUUGAAUAUGCCUUGUAGCAGUAUUCAAAGACUAUGGGAUGGUCAGAAGUAUCUCCCUUUAUUGAAAAGGGUGGAUCUGAGCAACUCCAAAUAUCUUGUGGAGUCUCCAAAUUUUGCUGGAAGCCCGAGACUUGAGCGGCUAGAUCUUACAGGAUGCAUAAACCUAUCGUAUGUCCAUCCAUCCAUUGGGAUGCUGGUAAAACUUUCUUUCUUGAGUUUGGAAGGUUGCAGCAGUUUGGUCAGGCUUGUUCAUGAUGGUGACACUGUAUUUAACUUACUUUCUCUCAAAGUUCUGCAUCUCUCCGGCUGCACAAAACUUAAAACCUUAUUAGAUUUUACAGGGGUGUCAAAUCUUGAGUAUCUUGAUAUUGAUCAAUGUCCGAGUUUAUCAAUGAUUGAUCAUUCUAUUGGGCAUCUUACACAGCUUAAAUUCUUGAGUUUAAGAGACUGCACGAAUCUUGUUAGUAUACCAGAAAGCAUUAAUUCUUUGACUUCUCUUGUAACUCUAGAUUUAUGUGGCUGCUUAAAACUAGAGAAUCUACCCUUGCUGGAAAGUCUACCAGUGUUUGAAGAAAGUAAUGACUUCAUAUCAGUGUCUUCCGUAAAUGUUGAUCUCUCCAAUGGUGAACUUGUAUCACCUUACUGUCUGGACUCUUUGAUUUUUUUGGACCUAAGCUUUUGCAAUCUAAGUAUACUCCCUGAUGCUAUUGGAGAGUUGAGGCAUUUAGAAAGGCUAAAUCUUGAAGGAAACAACUUUGUUUCACUACCAUCUUCAAUGAGUAGUCUUUUCAGUCUAGCAUAUUUAAACUUGGCACAUUGCAGCAAGCUUCAAUCUUUGCCGGAGCUACGAUUCUGUGCCACUUCUUCAUCUGGGGGAAGGUAUUUCAAAAUGGUAUCCGGAUCUUAUAAUCAUAGAUCAGGAUUAUAUAUUUUCAACUGCCCCCUCUUGGAGAUCGCAGAAGGUCAAAACAUGGCACUUUCGUGGCUGGUGAAGUUAAUUAAGAAUCCUUGUCAUUUCCGGUGUGGCCUUGACAUUGUUGUACCUGGGUGCACAGUUCCACGGUGGUUUUAUCAUCAAUUUACAGAAAAUUCAAGACUACGGAUAACAGACUAUAUGACUGAGUUUGAUGAUUGGCUUGGCUUUGCCUUUUGUGUGGCAUUUGUUGAAAACUAUCGUCCAACCACUUCUGGUUAUUCUCUUUAUCUUUCUUUUGCAAGUGAACAAACGGAAGAAACCUUCGAUAUACCAAUUCGGUUAAACCUGAACGACGUUGAUGGCUCAGAUGAAGAGCAUUUAUGGCUAAUCUAUAUCUCUAGGACCCACUGCCAUUUUGUAACAACAGGAGCACAAAUCACGUUUAAAGCUCACCCAGGUUUGCUAAUAAAACAAUGGGGAUUGCGCAUGGUUAUGAAGCAUGAUAUCGAUGACUACAGUCCAUUUGAUUCGUGGACAAAUGGAAUUCAUCAACAAGACUAUCUUGGCCUAGAUCAUGCUCAUGAAAGCAGCAGCUGCAGGCCUGAAAUCCAACUUCCUUAUAAUUGGUAUGAAGCUGAGGAAGAGAUGAAGCCUAAAGUCCAGCUUCGUUAUAAUUGGCAUGUAUCCGAAGAAGAGGAAUACGAGAAUAGGGAAGCGAAUGUGGAACAAAGUCAUCUCUCAGACAUGGGCCUUAUCACGUAGCCGAUGAUUAUCAUGAUUUUCCUCAAAAAGUCUCUUCAAUGAUUUGUUUUAUUUAUCUCCGCCACUUCCUAUAUGCACGAAAAGGUGAUUAAAUGAUUUAGGACAUUAUAUUACAGUAUCACAAGGAUUAGGAAUGCUUUUGUCUAAUUAAUCAUCAUAAUGUGGUGUUGCUAAUUGUGCAUA